AUGGACAGUUCAGAGAAAAACACGAAAGCUGAGUCUACUGAACAAAAGCCUCUCAACCGGGAACCUUCAGCAAAGACCCUGGUCGAUCAUUUUCUCACUCCACAAAAUACCAGCUACGACCGUAACCAUGGCCCAAUCCCACACAUCAACGGCAAAGGCCACUCCGUCCGCAUCGACGGUCUAGUCAAAAAUCCACUUUCACUCACCUUGAACCAGCUACGUUCCGAAUUCGCUCAACAUGAAGUAACCUGUGUGCUCGAAUGUGCCGGUAACAGGCGCCACACGAUGCGCACACUUAUGAAAGAAGUCCAGGGUAUUGACUGGGGUGACGCGGCGAUCAUGAAUUGCAAAUGGAAGGGACCACGUCUUCGAGAUGUUCUUCUCCAUGCUGGUCUUUCUCUAGAUUCUGCGAGUUCAGAUCGACAGUUUCAUGUAGCGUUUGCGUCUUAUCAGGGAAAGUGUCAAGAUGAUGAUUGGUUCGAGGUUAGUGUUCCGCUGGAGAUAUGUUUGCAGGAAGAGAGGGAGGCUGUCUUAGCACUCGAGGUCAAUGACACCCCUCUGACCAGCAAUCACGGGUACCCAGUGCGAGUUGUUCUUCCCGGUAUCGUGGGUGUCCGAUGGGUAAAAUGGCUCGAUCGUAUCAUAAUUCAAGACCAUGAGUCCCCCAAUGUCUACCAACAACGCGACUACAAAAUCCUCCCUCCGGAUGCAGUCGACAGCGACUCCGCAGAAAAAUAUUGGCAUUGUACUCCACCUAUGUACGAUAUACCGAUCAAUUCUGCGAUCGCGGUUCCCGCCGACGGCGAGGCCGUGACCUUAUCUUCAACCGGUACAGUGGAAGUAAAGGGCUAUGCAAUUCCACAAGGCCCGAACGGGCCAGUAACUCAUGUUCGGGUGUCAGGAGAUGGCGGCGACUCGUGGGUCGACGCGAAGUUAGACGGCUCGGACCAGCAUAUGAAGUGGUGUUGGGUGUUGUGGAUGGCUCAAGUUAGAAUGACACCGGGCGUACCAAGAGAGAUUCUGAGUUGCGCUACGGAUGCAGGGUUUAAUUCACAGGAGUGGGAGCAUUCUCAGUGGACUUUGAGAGGGGUUGGGUAUAGUGGAUAUGGUCGAGCAAGAAACUUGACGGUUGUUGAACGACAAUAUGGAUAG